AUCUCAUUGGCUUUUUUAGUCACUGUAUCACAUUGUUGGCUUAUUCUCCCCACGAGGACUCCAAGAUCUUUUUUACACAUCCUGCUGUCGAGCCAGGCAUCGUCUCCCAUUCUGUAUCUUUGCAUUUUAUUUUUUCUGCCUAAGUAGAGUUAUCUUGCAUUUGUCCCUGUUGAACUUCAUUGUGUUAGUUUUGGCCAGUCAUCUCUCUGAUCUGUGAAGAUUGUUUUGAAUUCUGUUCAUGUCUUCUGGAGUAUUGGCUAUCCCUCCCAGUUUGGUGUUGUCUGCAAACUCAAUGAUCGUACCUUCUGACCCUUAUUCUAAGUCAUUAGUAAAGAUCUUGAACAGAACCGGGCCCAGGACGGAACCCUGCUGAUGGCAGUCCACUCACCACUUCUUUCCAGGAUGAAGAGGAAGCAUUGGUGAUCACCUUCUGGGGAAAGGAGCAUUCUAUGGGGCCACAUUUGUCAUGAUGGGAAACAAGUCAACAUCUAAGGAAUAUUGAAGAAUUUGGAAUUCCAAAGUGCAGUAAGGAAACCAGUCCUCUUGGAAGAAGAAAUGCCCCGAAGGUGCUCAUCUGGCUGAACUCUUCAUCUCACUCAUAGUUCAGAAAGGGAAACAUGGGGAAGAAAGCAUAUAAAUAUACUGAAUAUGGAAAGAGUGUUAGUCAACAGAGACCUCAGCAGUUACAUGAAAAAAUCCACAAUGGUGAGAAACCUUAUGAAUGCCAGGACUGUGGAAAGAGAUUCACGCAGAGUGGAAAUUUGCAUUCACAUCAGAGAACUCACACUGGUGAGAAACCCUUUAUAUGCCUGGAAUGUGGAAAGAGCUUCACUUACAGUCAAACUCUACGUUCACAUCAAAGUACUCACACCGGGGAGAAACCGUAUAAAUGCCAGGAGUGUGGAAGGAGCUUUAAUCAGAGUGGAGAGCUACGGUCACAUCUAAGAACUCACACAGGCGAGAAGCCUUAUGAAUGCAAGGAAUGUGGAAAAAAAUUUGCUGUGAGUGGAAAUUUGCAUUCACAUCAGAGAACUCACACCGGCGAGAAGCCUUAUGAAUGCAAGGAAUGUGGAAAAUUUUUUGCUGUGAGUGGAAAUUUGCAUUCACAUCAGAGAACUCACACUGGUGAGAAACCCUAUAAAUGCCUGGAAUGUGGAAAAAGCUUUGUUCAGAGUGGACCACUACGGUUACAUCAAAGAACUCACACUGGGGAGAAACCCUAUAAAUGCCAGGAAUGUGGAAAGAGCUUUACUCAUGGUGGAGAUCUACGGUCACAUCAAAGAACUCACACCGGCGAGAAGCCUUAUGAAUGCAAGGAAUGUGGAAAAAAAUUUGCUGUGAGUGGAAAUUUGCAUUCACAUCAGAGAACUCACACUGGUGAGAAACCCUAUGAAUGCCUGGAAUGUGGAAAGACUUUCACUCACAGCCAAGGUCUACGUGCACAUCAAAGAACUCACACGGGGGAGAAACCCUAUAAAUGCCAGGAGUGUGGAAAGAGCUUUCCUCAGAGUGGAGAACUACGGUUACAUCAAAGAACUCACACUGGGGAAAAAACAUUUGAAUGCCAGGAAUGUGGAAAGAGCUUCACUCACAGUCAAAGUCUACGUUUACACCAAAGGACUCACACGGGAGAGAAACCCUAUAAAUGCCUGGCGUGUGGAAAGAGCUUUGCUCAGAGUGGAGAUCUACAGACACAUCAAAGAACUCACACUGGGGAGAAACCUUAUGAAUGCCAGGAAUGUGGAAAAAACUUUGCUGUGAGUGGAAAUUUGCAUUCACAUGAGAGAACUCACACUGGUGAGAAACCCUUUAAAUGCCUGGAAUGUGGAAAGAGCUUUGCUUACAGUCAAAGUCUACGUUCACAUCAAAGAACUCACACUGGCGAGAAACCCUAUAAAUGCCAGGAGUGUGGAAAGACCUUUACUUGGAAUGGGACAUUACGUUCACAUCUAAGGACUCACACUGGAGAGAAACCUUAUGAAUGCCAGGAAUGUGGAAAGAGCUUCACUCACAAUCAAAGUCUAAGUUCACAUCAAAGAACUCACAGUGGGGAGAAAUCCUUUAAACGCUUGGAAUGGAAUAUUGCAUUUACAUCAAAGAACUCACAAUAAACACAAGUGGGAGAUAAAGGUGGAAUCAGCAAGGUUAAGAAGACUAAGAAAAUAACAUUCGAUAUGUAUAUUGAAAUGGUGAUGGAUUUUUAUAUUAUUCUAUCUGUGUUUACAAUAAAAACAUAUUGGAAAAAAGGAACUCACACUGGGGAGAAAACUUAUGAAUGCCAGGAAUGUGAAAAAAAAAAACCUUUGCCUAUAGUGGACAACUACAUUUACAUCAAAGAACUUACACUGGGGAGAAACCCUAUACAUGCCAGGAGUGUGGAAAUAAUUUUGUGCAUAGUGGAGCACUACAGUCACACCAAAGAACUCAUACUGGGGAGAAACCCUAUCAAUUCCUGGAGUGUGAAAAGAGUUUUACUCAGAGUGGAAAUCUAUAUAAACAUCAGAACUCACACUAGGGAGAAGCUAUUUAAAUGCCUGGAGGACAGAGUUUCUCACAAAACAGAAGUUGGUAUUUAUAUCAAAUAACUCACACUGGGGAGAAACCCUUGGCUAAAAGACAGGAAGUGAGAUUAAAUCUUUCUACAGAUGAUAGAGAUGACAGAAAAAAAAUCUCACAGCAAUUCUUAACGCCACAUCAUACUGAUCAAAACUGAAACAGUAAAAUUUGCAUGGAGUUCUACCCCAAAUGAAGGUGAUCCUGAGUUGGGGAUAAUGAUGUGUUUUACAAUAGCUGCUGCGACCUCCUCCAUCUGUUUGGCAGUGCACGGAAAUGUUUUGAGCCUGUCCAUCAUGUUGCCCAUGAACACCAACCAGUGCCAGUAUCUCCCACUCCAGAAAGGGGUCUAUAAGAAUCGGUGAUCAAUUGAAUCAACUACUACAGACAAAACAAAUAAGCAAAUUGGGAAAUUAUCAAUUUCUUCUGAAAGAUUUUACAAUUGAUGGAUAAAUAAAAGAACCCAUGAUUCAGUGGGCAAAAAAAAAAUAGGCCGAGCAUAAGUCUAGAAGAAUGGGAACCACCACCACACAGCCCCCAGUGCCACAUCAGUGUGAAACCAUGGAGUUCAAUAUAGUUUAAUAUAGUUACAGCUCUAGGACAAAAUCUGUUUGUCCUUGUCUUUGCCACCUAGUACCACCUGCAAGAUGCUAAUAAUUCAAAAAAGGAUAUGUUGAGUGUAAUGCUCUGAGCUUUCUUAAGACUAUGGGACUUAGAAGGCUUUUAAAGAGCCGAGAAAGAGAGCAACCCAUGAUUCUCUGGGCCGAAGUGGUGACCCUUUGGUCUCCAUUUAUGACCUAGGGCUGAAUUUAUGGUCUGUUCUUCCUUUAGUCCACUCCUUGGUCUUAUUGAUGUUAAGAAUCAGAUUAUUGUCUCUUUAUCAUGAGAGCAGCCAAUCCGCUUCAUCUGGAUAGGCAGGCUCAUCCCCUUCAGAGAUAAGAAUCCUCACCACGGUUGUAUCAUCCGCGAAGUUGACAGUGAUAUUGCUAUGAUGGAUGGGGGUGAACUCUUUCUAUUGGGAUUAUUAGACAAACAGUCAUUGAAACACCAAAAAAGAAUCUUUCUCUAUAUGACAGCAACAGCUAGAAUUGAAUAUGUAAAACUAUGAAAACAACCAAACAUACCAACACCAGAAGAUUGGAUUACAAAAGUUUUUGAAAAGACCGGAAUGGACAAUUAACUUUAGCUCUACAACAAACUAGUACACAGAAACCCUUUAUUGUCUAAUGAACCAAAUGAAGAGGAUUUCUUGACUAAAAAUUGUAUUAAUAGUACACAGAUAUAUUUUGUACUAUUUAUGCACUCAGUAUUCAAGAGACUUUAGAUAAUUGACCUAUCAGUACUCUUUAAUUAGAAUUGAAAUUGUUCCAAGCCUCGUUUUUAGAUAUUUUAUAUCUAUAUAUAUACACACAUACAAAUGCAUAAUGUUUGUGUGGUGUUUACAUAAAGAAAAGAUGACAAUGUAACAUAGUUAAUUCUCACCUCCACUAUAUUAAUUUACUAACAAAUGGAACUGAAUGGAUUUAUAUGGCAAUAGUUAAAAUUGGAAAAAUACACGUAAAGAACUGGAAAAGAAGAUAGGAAUAACAUGGGAUAGUAUGUGAAGACAUGAUGACCAGUUUUGAUGUUGGACAACAAGAGUGUGCUCUUUUCUGUUAUAGGGGACAUUUGGAACUUUCAAAAUAUUAGACGAUGUGCAUAAUAGUACUUGAGUUGAAGAUAGAGAUGUCAUAAUGACAGCUAAUAUAAGAUGUCCCUUCCUCCUCAAUCCCCUUCCUCGGUGAAAUAGUAGGCAUUUGUACAGUUCUAAUCUACUAAUCAGAGCUCCAAAACCCUCAUCCCCUUCUCUGUUUUUCUUUUUUCUUUGUGUGAUUUUUAAAAAAAAUGCAUAACAAAAAUUCAUUUUUAAAAAAUGAGUGGGGGGCAUGGACUUGUGCAAUGCGUUUUACAUUGGGCUACCUUUGUACUAAGUUCAGAAACUUCAGUUGGAUCAAAAUACGGCAGCCAGAUUGGUUACGGCAACAUCCAGGAGUGAGCCUAUUACAUCUAUGAUACUAAAGUCACACCAAUGGCUGACAAUUAGUUUCUGGGCAAAGUACAAAGUGUUGCUUUUGACUUUAAAGUCCUAUAUGGUUUGGGUCCAGAUUCCCUAUAAGAUGGCCUCCUCCCAUACAAUCCUCCCCUUUGGACACUGAGGUCUUCUAGGGUGGUGUUUACUCCAGCCAGACAGAACCCAACUGGCAACCGUCACCCCGGGAACCUUUUCAUCAUCUGCCAGAAGAAGAGCUCAGGCAGUUAAAUCAGCUGUUGGAAUUUAAAAUACAUUCUUCUGCAGAAGGCCUACCCAGCCAUUUUAAUCACAAAUGUUAAACUUGUGUCUUAUGUUUAAUCUAUGUUAUUUUAAUAUGUAUUUUGUAGAAGCAUUUUAAUAUGUGUAUUUUUUUUAGUAAGUUUUAGAUGAUUAUGUGUUUUAUAUGGUUCUGGCCCAGCUUACCUGUCCGGACGUAUCUUCCCUUAUGGCCCAUCUUGAAGAUUAAGAUCAUCUGGGGACACCUGCUUCGCAAGCUCAACUGGUGGGGACGAGAGACGGGGCCUUCUCGGUGGUGGCCCUUCGGCUGUGGAACUCCCUCCCUAGCGAUAUUAGAUCAGCCCCCUCCCUCCUAGCCUUCAGAAGGAAAGUAAAAACCUGUUGUAUUCCAGCCUACAUCUGAGCUGUCAGGUGAGCCAGGGGUUGGGCCUGUUCAGCCUGUGAUUGUAUCUGCAUCUGACUUGUCAGAUGAAUCUGGGUUGGGGCCUAGGAUUCCCUUGCAGCCAGAGGUAGAUGAUUGUGUACAGCCAGAGUUAGAUGAGUCUGCUGUUCCUGAGGAUUAUGGAGGUCAGGCAUAUGAUAAUUUCAGGCAAGCAGCUUGAACCGCAUUCCUUGGGAGAGUCAAGGUCGGGUUGUCCCUUGGCAGAUGGGCAUUCCAGUCGUGAUAAGAGUAAUAAGAUUGACAGAAAGAAAUCAAUAUGUCAAUAGAGACAAGAAAGGGAGGUUUUGAGAAGGAGCAAACGGUUACUGAUGAGAAAGGGUUUUGAAGAAACUUCCCACGGAAAGGGGCCUUGAUUCUAGCUUUAAGAGAAACCACUUCAGAGAGUGAGCUCAGAGGUGGUAACUUUGCUCAUUGAGAGGUUUGAUCCUGCUGCAUGGACUCUUGUUUCAUGGACUUUUCAUUCCUUGUUCCUUUGGAUUUUUCAUGCCAAGUUCUGUAAGACUUCCGGGUGCGGCAGCAUGGCGACCGGUCGAGUGCCUUGAGAGCUCUCGGGCACUAGACCCUUCUGCGACCGAUAUAGGGGCUGUGUACCCCCUAACUCUGGGCGGAUCGAGACCUGGAGGCAGCGAACCACCGCAUCCUCUGCCAGGAGACCCAGAGGACGCCCUCCCUCAAGGGGAGCGCCCAGGAGGUUCGGCAAGGAGCGGUGGUAGCCGGUCGGAAGGGAAUAGACGGGUCGCAAGAAGCCCGAUAACGGUCGCCGGCCGCACUUCCCCAAGAUGGGAAAUAUCUAAUAAGAACAGAAGAAAAAAAAGGAUCGGCGCACAGUGUCUACGGUUCUGGUGCUUGAUACUGAAGCCAGCUGAGCGAGAAGAAAAUAGAGAACAGAACGAAGAAUGGCAUAAAGUGUAAGGUACUCCAUCCCCCUCCCUAAACGAACCCCCACAUUGGAUAAGAGGAGAGAGUCUGAAGGGGAGAGAAAGGACGGGAGGGGAGGAAGAGCCACAAUUAAACUUGCUAAACCUAUACAAGGAAACGCGGACCAAAAUUGGGAAGGAAGGACGAAUUAAAGAUGAAUAAGGUCGGACUCAUGUGUUAAAAGGGAGGCUGUAAGACAUCGAAAGACUUUAAACCUACUUGGAGGAACGCCAGGUGGGAGGUGGAGAGGCGAAGGUUCGACCUUGGGGCCGGUUUGUUUAGUCUACCAGAAGGCUGACGUCACGGAGAGCUCGAGCCCCGGAUGAGAGAGAGAGAGACGGAAAGGGAUAAGCGGAAGCGGAAGGAAACAACGAAGGGAGACAACAAGAAGUAAGAGAGUACUCGGAGCCCCGUAGCAGCCAUAUCACAGAGUCCGGGGAGGACUGGAGAUAUUGAGUGAAGUGAGUGGGGCGGCGUGUCAAAAAGUAGGAAAGGAGCGAAGAGUGAAGGUGGAAGGAGUGUUUAUCAAGGACGAGAAGCAGACGAGCGGGCGGAGAGGGUGAGGAAGGACGACCCGGGAGGGAGUCGGAUGAUGCGAGGCGAGGACGAGAAGCAGACGGAGUGGACGGAGUGACAGACGGUGAUAGAGAAGAAAGAGAAGAAGCGGGGUGAGAAGCGAGGACGAGAAACAGACGAAGCGGGGAGAGAGGAAAAGGAGACGGAGGUAGACGAACAGCACAAGAAACCAACAAGACGCGAGACUGAACAUAAGAAUAAGAGAAACAAGGAGGGAAUAGUAAGAACUUUUAUAGACUUCUAUGGACAGAUAAAAUACUGGGAAAGCAUAACAGAACAUUAGAAAGGUUAAGGGGGGGGGAAGAAUAGAGGGGAUAAAGAGAGACUAUAGAGGGGGGGAAAGGAACUCUUUCUCUCUAUAUAUAUAACUACAUAGCUCCUCUCAACUCUAGCGAAAUCCCAACAUUUGUUGAUAGCUUACCCCCCUUCAUUAGUUAAAUUGUGACCUUUGGGCAAAGAGGUUCAGUGUCUUACCUAGAUAGACUCCUCUACUACAAUAGAACCUUCAAAACUAUACAGUAACUACACAAAACAAAACGUGAAGUAUUGUUAAUCCUUAAUCCUUAAUUGCUCACCAUUGUAUUAGAAUCCUUCGACUAAGGAAGAACAAAACUGAUAUUACACCAUAAGAAGAUGACCACCCCAAAGGCAAAGAUGGAAGACAAGAAACCACUCCCAAGAAGAGGAUCAAUUCCAGAGGAAGUGAAUCUGAAAGACGUGAUGAGAGAACUUCAGAGGAUUGUGGACAAUAAAAAAACGUUUCAGGACCAAAUGUUAACGAUGAAGAAAGAUCUAACCGAAGAAUUCGUAGAAGUGAGAAAAGAAAUGAAGGGGCUGCAGGAAGAUAUAAAAGGGAUAAAAGAGGACAGUAAAAAAUUAGAAAUGACGCAAGAAGCUAUGAAAUCUAAAUUAGAAAAAUUGGAAGCAAAGAGUGCUAAACUGGAAGAGAGACAGGAAAAAUUAGAAAGAAAGGAAUUGGAGUGUCAAGUAAGAAUUAGAAGCAUAGUAGAAGAACCAAAAGAAAACAUAAAACAAAUAGUAACACAAAUCCUGGCAGACCUGUUACAAAUACAGGAUGAAGAAAUGGAAGAUAAUCUAGAGAGAGUAUUCAGAGUAACCACAAACUUCUCAAAAAGAAAUAAAGUGGCAAGAGACGUGGUGGUUCAGUUUGAGAGAAGAUAGACUAGAGAAGAAGUGCUGAAGAUGAGCAAGAAAAACACUAUCCGUUUCAAAGGAGUAAAGGUAACAAUUCUCAAAGAACAAGCAUCAAGUACGAUGCAAAAACGGAAGAAAUAUCUUUUUCUUACUGAAGAACUUAAGAAACGUCAAAUCAGAUUUAGAUGGGAACGGAAAGAAGGCAUUAUGGCCACUUACAAACAAGAACAACACUGGAUAACAACGGAAGACAAAGCUAAGGAAUUUUACAAAAUGAUUAUGAAGGAAAAAACAAAACCCAAUCCAAACAUCAGCCCUUUGGAAGAAGAACGAGAAAAGAAAAGAGCCAGAGCCACCUCACCAGAAAAGUACUCUACCAAUCACGAGACACAACCACCAAACCUAAUCGAUCUAGAAGAACAAGAAGGAAAAGAAAGUUAGAAGCAGAAUAUGGAAAUAAAAUGUCACUCUAACAAUAUUAAUGGAAUAAAUUCACCCAAUAAAAGAAGUAGACUAUUUAAUCACUUAAGGAAGUCGAGAUUUGAUUUAAUCGCCCUCCAAGAAACGCAUAUCUGCCAGAGACAGGAAGUUCUAUUAAGCCAAAAAAGUUUAGGUAUAGAAUUCCUCUCCUCUGCUAAGGAAAAAAAAAGGGGGGUAGCCCUAUACAUAAAUGAGAAAUUGAAACCUGUACCAGCCUUUAAAGAUGAGGACGGUAGAAUGGUAGGAGCAAAAAUUUGGCUGGAUAAUCAGGCAAUCCUAAUUUGCAACAUAUAUGCACCAAAUGGUACAAAAACGACCUUCCUAAAAAAUUUAAGAAAGAAAAUAGACGAGCAAGAAUUCGAUGAUUUAAUAAUUUUGGGGGACUUCAAUGGAAUAAUUAAUCCAGAAAUAGACAAAAAAGGGAAUCCAACAAACAAACAAAGGAAUAAACUAACAGGUAAAUUACCAGUAAAAUUUAUAAAGGCACUUCAAGAUUGGGACUUAUAUGAUGAAUGGAAAUGUCAUCACGAUAGAGAGAGGGAUUACACUUAUUUUUCAAAUAGACAUUCUACAUGGACGAGAAUUGAUAUGGCCUGGAUGACUCCCCCACUGAUCCCCAAAGUAGAAAAAAUUAAAAUCGCCCCCCGAUACAUUUCAGAUCAUGGCCCAAUAGAAUUUACAAUCAACAGGACCCAGAAGAAAUUUAAUUGGAGAUUAAAUGAAAAUCUUAUUAAAACAGAAGAAGACAUCAAUAAAAAUAAAAAAAUUCUCAAAGAAUAUUUCGAAAUAAACAAUACAACAGAUGUCCCCACACAAGUGAUUUGGGAUGCGAGUAAAGCAUACAUGCGGGGACAUUUUAUCCAACAAAGUAUUCUGAAAAACAAAAUAAAAAGGGAGAAAAGGACUAAGUUAUUAGAAGAAAUUAACAUAAACGAGAAAAAAUUGAAACGGGAACCAACAAAUGGGAAAUUAAUACAAGAUUUGGAAUUAUUAAGAAAUCAAAUGAUCUCAAUAGAUUUAGAAGAAACAGCCAAAAAAUUGAAAUUUCUUAAACAGAAACAUUUUCAAAAUGCCAACAAGCCGGGAAAAUGGCUGGCCUGGAAAAUUAAAAAGAAAAAACAGGGAAAUACUAUAUUGGAAAUAAACUCAGACGGAAAUAGAUUUACAACAGAACAGGAGAUAGCGGCCCAAUUUAACAAAUUCUAUAGUAAAUUAUACUCGAAAGACCAUAUUAGGAAAGAUAAAAUAGGGGAAUUUCUCAGUAAACAAAAAAUAGCUAAAAUAUCGGAGAAACAAAGGGAACUAUUAAAUAAAGAAAUAUCGGAGAAGGAGAUCCUAAAAGCAAUAAAUAGUAUGGAGAAUAACAAAGCCCCCGGCCCGGAUGGAUUAAACGCGCUCUAUUAUAAGACAUUUGCGGAAGAAAUGAUUCCAUUUUUAAAGGAAAUUAUGAAUGACGUCUUAAACAAUAAAGAACUGCCAAAUUCUUGGCGCUAUGCAACGAUCACGGUAAUCCCAAAAGAGGGACAAGAUUUAAAGAAUGUGAAAAAUUAUAGACCCAUCUCCCUGCUAAAUUCGGACUAUAAAAUAUUCACAAGUAUACUUGCAGAUAGACUUAAGACAUUUUUGAUGGAAUGGAUAGGAGAGGAGCAAACGGGAUUCUUGCCUCAAAGGCAAAUGAGGGAUAAUGUGAGGGAAAUUAUAAAUAUAAUUGAGCACUAUGAAUGCACAAAAAAGGAAGAAUUGGCUCUAUUAACAAUUGACAUGGAAAAAGCAUUCGACAAUUUGAAUUGGGAUUUUUUCAAACUACUGAUAAAAGAAUUGGAUAUGGGAUACAAAUUUUCCAAUGCGAUUAACCAAAUUUACGAUAAACAAGAAGCUAAAAUAAAAAUAAAUACAUCAGAAUCCAAAAACUUCAUGAUUCAGAAAGGGACUAGGCAGGGUUGUCCCCUAUCCCCUCUCCUAUUUAUUUUCUCAAUAGAAAUCUUAUUAAAUGUAAUUAGAAAGGAUCACCAAUUAAAAGGUACUAAUAUUAGGAAGUGCAAUUACAAAAUUAGAGCAUUCGCCGAUGAUUUGAUCUGUAUAAUAGAGGACCCAAUUAGAACAAUAAAACUAUGGCUAGCAAAAUUUAAAGAAUUUGAAGAAAUCUCAGGACUAAAAAUAAACUUAGAGAAAACCAUGAUACUAACUAAAAACUUAACGAACUCUAGACAGAAGAGACUAACAGAGAUAACGGGAAUCCAAAUUAGAAAAAAGAUUAGAUAUCUGGGCAUAACUAUAACAGCUAAAAAUUCUCAACUUUUGGAGAAUAAUUACGACACCAAAUGGAAAGAAAUUAAAAAGGAUCUAGAAAAAUGGAAACAUCUCAAACUUUCGCUAUUAGGGAGAAUAUCAGCUAUAAAAAUGUCCAUACUCCCAAAAAUGAUCUUCCUUUUCCAAAAUAUCCCAAUUAUAAGAAGUACCCAAAGAUUCAAAAAUUGGAAUAAAGACCUGAGUAAAUUUAUUUGGGGGGGAAAGAAACCUAGAAUUAAAAGAACACACUUGACAGAUGAGAAAAAAAGAGGGGGUUUAGGUUUACCUAACCUCCAGCUCUAUCACGAUGCAUGUGGGCUAACCUGGAUCAAAGAUUGGACAACACUCAAAAAAACCAAAAUUUUGACAUUAGAAGGGGCAGAUUUGCGAUCAGGGUGGCAUGCAUACCUUUGGUAUGACAAAAAAUCAAUAGAAAAAAACUUUGGGAACCAUUUUAUUCGGUCUUCACUAAUAAAAAUCUGGGACAAAUACAAAAGGAGAUUUCAUCUAAAAACACCUUUAUGGAUAUCACCACUAGAAGCCUGUGAAAGAAAAGAAUUAGGAAGAGACAAUUGGCCAAAAUAUAAAGAUAUCCUAAUAAGGACGAAUAAUAACUACCAAAUGAAGAGUAAGGAAGAUGUAAGCAAGCAGUUCUCAAAUAUAGGCUGGUUUCAAUAUAUCCAGCUAAAAGAAUAUUAUACCAAAGACAAGAAACUAGGAUUUGAGGAUCAGGAAGGAUAUUGGGAAAAGAUCAUGAAACUAGAAAAAAAGGUGAUAUCCAAAAUCUAUAAAAAACUACUAGAAUGGGAAACAGAAACGACCUUGAUUAAAGAGUGCAUGUUGAAAUGGGCAAAAAAUUUGGGAAAAUCAAUACAACUGGCAGAAUGGGAAAAAUGUUGGAAUACAAGACUCAAACACACGUACGCAAUAGAUCUGAAAGAAAAUUGGAUUAAAAUAUUUUACAGGUGGUAUUGGACACCACAAAAAAUGGCCAAAUUUAACAAAAAUGCUUCAAAUAAAUGCUGGAAAUGUGGAAUAGAAGUGGGGACGUUCUACCACUGUUGGUGGACAUGUAAAAAAGUGAAAGUCUAUUGGAAAGAGGUACAUUGGAGAAUCCAAAAGAUGUUGCAAAUUAGGAUUGAUCUGAAUCCAAAAUACUUCCUCCUGGGAAUGCUAGAUAUAGAUAAAGAUAGAAAUAAAGAAGUUUUAUUUAAUCACCUAAUAACUGCAGCUAGAAUGAAUCUAGCCAAAUGUUGGAAAGAUAAAGAAAUCCCUGAGAUAAGAGGCUGGAUAAGCAAAAUUUGGGAGAUUAUGAAUAUGGAUAUAUUAACCUUUUGGCUACAAAAUGCUAGUGGCAGACCGAUGAAACAGACGAAUUGGGAAUUGGUCAAAACCUACUUGAAGGAAGAAAAAUAUAAUAUAAUUAUUUGAUAUGCCACAGGAGACAAGACAGAUGAAACAUUGUAAUAUGUAAAUAAAUAUGGUUUUUUUUUACUUCAGAGACACUAGAUAGAAUUGGUUGGGAAAAACCAAAUACAGCUCAAGAUUACAUAUUGGAUAAGAUACUGUGUAAAGAUGGAAGUCAAAUUUUAUUUUUUGUGGGGGUGGGGAUCGGGUUGUUGUUGUUAUAUUUUAUUCUUUUUUUUUUUUCUGGGUAUACUUUGUCUCUAUCUUGUCAUCACUUUGUCACUUCUCCAAACUCCUAUUCCCCCAUGUCAUCACUAUUUUCUUUAAUCUGACACUUGGAUCUUACUAUAUUGUAUGUUAAAAACACCAAUAAAAAUUGCUUAAAAAAAAAAAAAGUUCUGUAAGCCUUGUACCUUGAGCCUUGUUCGAGUUCUUGUUCCUGUUCCUGGCUAUUUUGGAUUAUCAUGUCAUGUUCCUAAAAGCCGUGCAUUUUGAAUCUCCUGUUCCAGUUCAUGAUCCUGUUCUUUGAACUAAUUUUGACUACCUCGAUUGAAAUUUAUUCUUGUGUUUGGAUUUCUAUGGACCCUUGCUUCAAGAUUUCUAAGUGCCUCACAUCUUGUGGACUAUAACCUUGUUUUUAGUGACUUUGAACUUUGAUUCGCUAAUGCUUAAAUAUUAUCUUCAAUAAACAGUUUGUAUUACUUAUA